CGGCGACAAGUCAAUAAACAACAUCCAAAGACGCUCAUUCGGAUCAUUCAAUAAUCGCCACCACACACCCAGCCCAAGUCAAUAUCUCAACGUCAACCAGAAAUAUCAACCCCCAAAAUAAAACCAACUCAGCACCACACCACACUACAAGAAAAACCAUGCCCCCAAGCCACCACUACCAAUCCUCCUCCUUCCCCCGCCCCUCCAUCCUCCCCACCACCACUACAGGAUCCUCCUAUUCCUCAAUGAACCCCCCCACCUCAGGCCCCUCCUCUAUGUCCGCCGCAAAAACACGCCAAUACGCAAACCUGCAGACGCAGCUGGCGCAGCUGAAUGCCAACCUUGCCGAUACGCAGAAUCUGGUGCGUAUGACGGCCGUGCAGGCGGAGGAUAUGCGGUUUCUAGGCGGGUAUUUUGGGGCGCUACUCAUGGGGUCUGCGAAGGUUUUGGGGGAGGAGGGGGUAAAGGAGGAGGGAUCUGGCGGGAAGGAGACUCAGAGGGGGGUUAAGAGGGAGAGGUCGUCGUCGGAGUGAGGUGGGUUGGAUUAUUGGGUAGGCUAGCGAGUUUAUCCUGGAUACAUAUAUGUACGAUACGACAUGCCGAUUUCAUGCCUCGACGAUUACUCACCCCCAUCCGUUUAUACCAUCAGCUGUCAACGACGAAACCUCCACCGAGGAUAAUGGCCGG